GGACGGGACGGGACGGGACGGGACGGGCUGCAGACGCUCUCCUCGCGGCGGCUGCUGAGUGUUUCUUGUCCCCGUUAUUUCUGUUCCAUGGGAUGGACCCCGCACGCACGUUGUGUCUGACCUGAUGCGGACUGAAGGGUGUUUAAUAUGAACUCCUCCUCUUUCUUUGGAAUCUGGCUUUCUGUUCCUCUGAUCUUAUCCUGGGUAACCCCACAAGUCAGCUCUUCAUGGUGGUACAUGAGAGCUGUGGGCUCCUCAAGGGUCAUGUGUGACAACGUGCCAGGCCUGGUCAGCCGCCAACGCCAGCUGUGUCACCGGCACCCAGAAGUGAUGCGCUCCAUUGGCCUGGGUGUGGCAGAGUGGACUGCAGAGUGUCAGCACCAGUUCCGACAGCACCGCUGGAACUGCCAUACCCUGGACAGAGACCACAAUCUCUUUGGCAAGGUCCUGCUCCGAAGUAGUCGAGAGGCUGCCUUUGUGUAUGCCAUCUCCUCCGCGGGAGUUGUAUAUGCCAUCACCAGGGCCUGUAGCCAAGGAGAAUUAAAAUCUUGCUCCUGUGACCCUAAGAAGAAAGGAACUUCCAAAGAUAGCAAAGGCACUUUUGAUUGGGGUGGAUGCAGUGAUAACAUUGACUAUGGGAUCAAAUUUGCCCGAGCAUUUGUGGAUGCCAAGGAAAGGAAAGGAAAAGAUGCUCGAGCAUUGAUGAACCUUCACAAUAAUAGAGCUGGAAGGAAGGCUGUAAAGCGGUUCUUGAAACAAGAAUGCAAAUGCCAUGGGGUGAGUGGAUCCUGUACCCUGAGGACCUGCUGGCUGGCCAUGGCUGACUUUAGAAAGACGGGAGAUUAUCUUUGGAAGAAAUAUAACGGGGCCAUCCAGGUGGUCAUGAAUCAAGAUGGCACUGGUUUCACUGUGGCUAACAAGAGAUUUAAGAAACCAACUAAAAAUGACCUGGUCUAUUUUGAGAACUCUCCAGACUACUGUAUCAGGGACCGGGAUGCAGGUUCCCUGGGUACUGCGGGUCGCGUGUGCAACCUGACUUCCCGCGGCAUGGACAGCUGUGAAGUCAUGUGCUGUGGAAGGGGCUAUGAUACCUCCCGGGUCACCCGAAUGACCAAAUGCGAGUUAAGAGUAAGAUCAGAUGGAGGAUGAUGUGAGAUCUUAAACUUGUAACCUGGCUGAGAGAGAAGAAAAGGAUAAAGGAGAAGGAGAAAGAGGAAGAAGAAAAAUAAUAAUGGCACCAGGAUUAAAACAAUUCCAGGUUGACUACUUCAGAAAAAUGUUAGUCAUUAUUUGAAGUAAGCAGAAAAUGGGCAUAUUUUCUUGAAAUACUCUGAGCUAACCAUGGGCACAGAGACAGCCCAAGUGGAGUGUAACUAGGCCAAUAAACAGUUAUCACUUAGUCUCUGUAGAAUUACAUAAGAUUUGGCAGAUAGAUGAACCAUCACUAAUGCAUUAAUAUAUUAACAAUUGAUUUCAGAAUCAAGGAUUUCAUUGAAUUGAAAGUUCAUUGCAUUCUAGGACUUUAUAGCCAAAAAAGGCCUGGCGUAGCCCAAAUCCUUAUCUUUUUAAAAAAUGAUAGCACUAGCAGCAACAACAAUAAAAUCCCUCAAGGUCCUGAAAGACUAUGAUUUAUCUCUCUAAGACUUGGUUUAUUCCUUGGCAAAAUUUCCCAGUCAUCUUCCUUCAUUCUAAGAAUCAAUAGACUCUAGUAAUGACUCAUUAUUGAGGAUAAUCACUAUUGUCUUUCUCUUUUUAGAAAAUUCCUUUCUUUAAGAAAUGGCCCUAUUAGAGGCCACACAAUUUUAUAAUCUAGUAAGAAUCUAUUAGAAUUAUUGUUUUCAGUUUUACAAAUUUUCAUCCCAAAGGAUUUCACAGAAACCCCCCAGUUUCUUAAAGAUUGACUUUCAUUUCCACUAAUAUGUUUCAUUUCUGGGGAAGGACCCAAGUCUUCUGAUCCAUAAAGUCAUCUAAAAUACUGAUAGAUAAGUAAGAAUAUGAUCACCCAUGACCUAAAUAACAAGAUGUAGAAACAGAAUAAAAUUUACUAAAGUUAAAAACUUUAAGGCAACAGCCAUCUCUUAAAGCUCUCUAUGAAAUAUCUCAUUUGAGUUAUAGACAUCCAAAAUGAUAAAACGCAGAGUAGAAAUCAAUCAAUUAAAAAUCAUUUUUGAAAUACCAACUAUGUGAUAGACAAUGUGUUGGAAGGAAUACUGGUAGCCAUUUAACCCAACUCCUACAAGUAGUCAUCCAGCCCCUCCAUGCCAACAGGGGAGAAUAUAAUACCUCUUUAAGCAGUCUAUUCCACUUCUGGAGAGCUCUUACUGUUAGUUCAACCUUCUUGAUAUAAACCCUAAAAUUAACCCUUUGCAACUUCCUUUGCAACAUUACUCCAAAAUCUGCCUUUGAGUUGAACCUCUUUUCCACAUGACAUCCCUUCAGAUGUUUUAAUCUCUUCCCAAAUUCUCUCUCUUUUUUUGAGUUAAACACCCACAGUUCCCACAGCAACCCUUGUUGCUCUCCUCUAAAUAUUCUCCACUUCACUAAUAUACUUCAUAAAGGAUGAUAUCCAGAAUUAAACACAGAACUUCAGAUGUGAUUUAACUAGGCAGAAAUUUAGAAGGACUCUGACUCUUCAUUUUUAAAUACUAUGUCUCUCUGAAUACAGCCCAAGAUCACAUUAACCUUUUUGGGUGCCAUAUCAUGCUACCCAUUAAGGCUCCUUGAUAUGUUCUAACAGGUCUCGCCCAUUCUGGACUUGUGAAGUUGAUUUUUUGAACUCAUGUAUGAUUUUGCAUUUAUCCCUAAUUAAUUUCAUCAUAUAAUAUCCAGAUCAAUACUCUGGGGGAAGAGCUCUUUGGAUCCUGGCUCUCUGAUCCAAUAUUGACUCUGGCUGCUAACUUAUCUUCAUCUCAUCAACUCCAUCCAACCAUUCUAUCUCUUUUUUUGAUCUUUUUUUUCCCUCUUUAUGUAGUUUAAAAAUUAUUGUCCAUGACUUCUCUCACCAGUUUCAAUUCAUGCUGAGAUUUAACACUUUGGGUACUAUUUCUAUAAGAUCAUACCUUGUUCUAUUACCUGAAUUUGCUUCCAUCUUUCAUAUCUCUCCUUUUAAAAAUCUAAAUGUUCUGGUGAAUUCUAUGUUUUCCAUCCUCAUUAGAAUUUGUUUUCAGAAUUUCAUUUUUGAGACUUUCCAUCCCUCAGAAUCUAUGUCAUGGAUCUAUUCUUCCUUGGAAUCCUUUGAAAUCUGCUUUCCCAAAAUCUUUGGUACCUACAAGACCAUGCCUCUAUAUCCAAGAGUAUGACACUCUUGGACAGAGGAAAUUUCAUUCAUUUCCCAUGAUUUCCACCCCUAUAACCUCUAUUAAUGAAAUAACAUUCAACAUAGAAUUUCCUGUUGUUGAUUCCUUUACCAUUUGAAGGAUAAGAUUAUUAUGAAGACAAAUCAAGACAUCUUUAAUUACUUUGCUUUUGGCAGAAAAAGAAUAUUAGCUGAUGAAGGACCCUGUAACUUCUAUAUCCAGAUUUGUGAUCUAUUUCCCAAACUCCUCAUUAAUUACCUUUGUCUAGAUGGUCUAUAAUAUAUUCUGAUGACAAAAUCACUUCUGAUUUUCCCUCUCCUUCACUAAAUGCUUUUCACCUUAGUUCCUUUCUUUGAUUCUUUACAAAUAUACCAUCCUAAUGCUACCUACCCCCCAUCCUCAAUCUUUUCUCUAUCCUAUUUCUCUUGAAUAAAGUAAACCUAUCUAGAGUCAUAUUCAUGGAUUUCAUCAGAAUAAAGUUUCCAUGAUAUCUAUGAAGCCAAAUUUGCCUUUUUGCAUUAGGAUCUAUAGUUCUUUCAUGUUGCCUGAACUUUGGACAUUUGUGUAUAGAUAUUAGGGUCCUUGGAUUUUAACAUAGGAUCAUUUCUUGGAUUUCAUCUUCUGUUUACUUCUUAAUAUCUCAACUGUUAUUCUUUGUUCAUUGUAGCUACCUUCUGUGGUAUCUAGCUUGCUGAAGAGACAUAGACAAUUUUAUCCUUCCUCAUUCUUUUUAGUUUGAAGCUCUUUUGGUUAAAUUUGCAAGACAGCCAGCAAAUACAUUCUUAUUGGCCUUUGUUAGGUGUACUCCGUCCAUGGCCAAGAAUCUGCCAUCUCUGUAUUUUAUGCUAUGGUCUCACAAUCUCUGAGGUAGCUAGGGCAAGAAUUAUUAUCCCCAUUUUAUACAUGGAGAAUAACAGACCCUGAGACAUCAAGUUACUUGCCUGUGGACGUACAGUAAGUUGAUGGAAGUUUUGGAAUUAUAGCCAGGGUAUCAAACCUCAUUCCUUUUACUGAGUUAACAUCUCUAGGGGGCUUAGGUUUCUAGUUUUUGAAUCCUAGAAGGUGUAAGCAGGAAGAAAAAUGAUAUCCUAUAAGAAACACCCAGUUUCUUGUGAAUCAGUGAACUUCCAAGUUGGUAUCUUCUACUUGCUGAGAAAAAGGGUUAUGUCCCCAGAUCUUUCUGUGUCUGCAUAAUACUAAGAGAACCAGAGAGUGGAAUCUUAUUUUUUUCCUAAAUCCUUACACAUUGGAGAAGCAGAACAUCAGAAAGUCACCUAUAUAUUGGGAAACAGGUUGUAGGCCAGGGCAGGCAGGGAUUAUUUUGAACUUCUGAUUUAGAGCCCAGUAUAUUUGGGAUGUGCUUUAGGCAACUCCCUAGGAUUUAUCUAGUAAGUCAGAGAUUUAGUGGAGGGAGUUCCCCACCCAUACUGGAUGAAAUCAUAGCUCCUUCCUGUAUCCCUGUGAUAAUAGCUGACAUUUCUGUAGUGUGGUUUUAAAGUUUGCAAAUGUGCUUUAUAUGCAUGCUUUCACUUAAAUUUUACAACAACUCAGUGAAGUAGACACUGUCAUUUUAUUUUCACACUUUACACAUGAAGAGGGAGAAACUCAGAUGACAGGUUAAGUGACUUGCCUUGGAGCUGACCACUCAAAGUUAUCCAAUUAAUUGGUAGGAGAAAUAAUUUUAUUUCUGUCAUUUCUACAACGCUGACUUCUGUGAUUCUGAAAUGGAGGGUAGGGAGUGGAAUGAGGAUUUAUACAGUGCCAGACACUGUGCCAAGUGCUUUCCAGUUAUCAUCUUAUUUGAUCCUCACAGAGAGCUGAGUGCUAUUAUUGUCCAGAAGUAAAGUGACUUGCUCAGGUUCACAUAAUUAAUGACCGAGACUGGAUUUGAAUUCAGGUCUUCUUGACUUCAGACUCAACGCUCUAUCCACCGUGCCAUCAGCUAGCUGCCUCAGAGCAGUAAACUCUUAAUUAUCUUUUCCUUUAUAAGGGAACUGCUUCAUAGAUAUGAUAAAACAUUUAAGAGACAUAAAUUCAUUAACCUGGAAAUGCCAAAAAUUCUAUCACAGGGUAAACCUUUGAAAAACAAAAAGAAGAUUUAAAUGUUUGCUGUACCAUAUUUAACACAACAAAAUUCUGUGCUAAAACAAGACUGCUGAGGGUCAUCUGGAAUGCUCUGGCAAAAGAUUUUGCUGAGGUUUAGCUCAGACUUUGUGAAUUUUCCUUAUCUCCCUAAUGAUAUUUUUCUCAUGCAAAUCAUUACUUUAUAUUUUCUGCAGCCUGAGGGCAAAGUGAUAAGCAGCAAUUAGAAGCCAACCAGGGAUUCAACAUUAGCCAUGGAUGAUCCCACCAGCUGUGGAGAAUUCAGAGCUAAUUAUUAUAAUAAUAGUAAUGAUGUUGAUGUUGAAUUUCAGUUCAAUUCAUUUUCUGUUUGUGUCAGGUGACAGUGAAGGUACAUUAUCUCUCUUAGGGCAAUAAACUUUUCAGUAGGGCACCCAAAAGGAUGCUCUACUGGUCUUAAUUACUUUUUCACCUAAAGUUACCUUUGUGACCCAAAGUACCAGGCACAUUAUCCAGAAGCGUAGUUAAGGACAAGACUCUGCAUAUUAUCUCCUAUGUCAGUAAGGACCAGAAUCUCCAAAAAACAUUUCUUCACAGGGAUUGUGGGAUUCUGCAGACACUAGCCUGCUCAAGCUCAGGAUCCAUGUCAUUUUGGAAAGAGUACAAUCCUGGGUGCCUAAAGAUUUGGGUUCAGAGUCAGAGUUCCCAUUCACAUAUUUUCUCAUCACCUCCUUUGCAAUUUAGUACCUAGCCUUUCACCUCUAAAAGCAGAAAUAAAGCAUAUGCAUGAUGGACUCACUGACUCUGAAACUCCAACUUUGGUAAAUUGCCAUAGACAUCUCAAAACAGUGCUUAGAAAGACCCAUCCGCUAGUGUGAGCUGACAAGUGAGACAGGCUCGUUUUUGACUUUCCACCUACCUGGAUAGGGAAAAAUUCCACCCAUCAGUGUUAAUUGCUCAACAUAGCAGGUGGGGAUUCUCAAGAAGUCUACCAUUUUCACUUCUAAUUUUCAUUUUUCCUCAUAUGAACAUGGAUUCCUGUUUCCUGACAUCUCCAGCUCUUACCCCAUGGAUAUUUAAUGUCAUCAUGAUGGAUAUAGAGAGUAUGAUUGUUGUCUACAAGGUCAUAUUUUUCUGUGAAACUGAAAUGUAAUAAAAAAGGAGAGAGAUUUUCAAUGUUAA